UUUUUCUCGCUCGCACCUUAGAUAUAAGCCGCACAAUAUGAAGCGAUAAAGAAACCUACGAUAAACCCAGUGCAAGAUCAUUUCUCGCAUUUCGUUUUGAUGAGGUGAAUUAUCAUUAUCCGAUUGGACAUAUCCACUAUCAGCUGACUUUUGUUUGUCAAACUGACGCGACAUGGACCAAUCCAAUCCGAAGCGAAAAGUAUAGAACUGGUGAACGGGGAAUGAGGAACGCUAAAACAACGUUAAUUGCACUGUGAUGAUGUUAAAAAAAAAUAUUAAGUACCAAUAGCCGCAAAUGGUGACGAUUUUGUUAGACGAGCUUCAAUUUUGUAAGAUUGUGGGUAAUUUCGUUCGUAUUUCGGUAAAAUUCUCAUUCCGGUGACAUAAUUUCCUAGUGUUCAAAUAAGAUACAUAUGCAUGGGGCUAAUUGCAUUGUUGAAGCUUAAUUCGUGAAUAGUAUAUUGCGAACCCGUGUAUGUACAUACGCGCUGAUAUGCGAUCAGUUGGUCUGUCGCCAGCAGACUUUUAGUGCGUAAAGUUUGUGUUGUUGUUUGUGUGGUUUUCCUUAGCUUGGGAGAGUGCGAAAAAUCCAAUUGGGGAAAUGCAUGAAAAGUUCCAAUAAGCGCCCAAAGUAAUUUCUUCGGAGUGAAUUCAGAACUUUUUUGGGCCUGCGUAUGAGCCCACCGCAUUAACAUGCGUUAAAUUACUACGACCGCGUGUGCGCAAGCUGUGUAUACACUCGCGGGUGGUGUGGUGCACUCGCGUCUGCGUCUGCUGCGGCAUAUGUUGCGGAUUUGUUUACAUGCAUUUGUUUUUGUACAUAUGUGCAAAAUUGUAGCCAAUCAGUAACGCGCCAAAUUGUGUGCAUACUUGUUUACGUGCCUCCUGCCAGCUGAGUGCGCGCUUUUUUUUUUCAGCGAUACAGAAGUUCAUCGAUAUUUGUUUAUAUUUUGAUGACGUUGCGCAGUCACAAGCGGCAGCUUCAGCGUUGGCGCCGACAACACUGUAUGAUUCUAAUUUGAAUUGCAAAAAUUCAAUCAGUAUUGUUUUUGUUUGUUUUGAUUUGGUGCGCGCGAUUUUGAUUCGCUCUGUUUAGUGAACAAUUAUUUUUUGUUUGUUUGAUGAUAUGAAAUUUCAAUAUCCGAUGUUUUCGGCGACCAACACAAAAAUUAAGUUACCCAGUGAUGCCACUGCGCCCACUUUGCGUUGCCUUUUAAAUGGUCCUUUUCGUGAGCUGCACUUUGCUGCCACAGACCAUCGUAUCACACCCGUACACGACAUCGUCUUCCUCGAUGAAGUCGAUCCAGCAAUAACGCCGCUGAAUUAUCGCCCGAUAGCAACAUCUCCAGAAGCAACGUCACCAGAUGGAAUAAAUGGAUUCAAUGGCACCAACGGAUUAGAUACCAGCAGCAAUGG